AUACUCUUGCCGUUAGUCUAGUACCUCCAGCCACCCUGUAGCGAGAACGGAAGAAGGGUGCGCCCUACUUCGCGUUGGCGUUUUCCCUCCCGAGCAGCUCUAGCGUGUGCAGCGGGGCGCGGAUAGUAGCGGGGUACAUACGUACGGACGGACGGAGGAGAGAACGACGCGAGAUGAAGAUACGAGGAGAGGAAAGCCGCGCGAGAGGGUGUCUCUCCGGUGCUUUCGCUGCCGGGCGUUUCGCAGUCUCGCAUUUUAACAACGACGACGACGUUGAGCGUCGCUGGCGUCGCCGUAACCAUAGUUUUUUCCCCUGAGCGAGGAAAUGCGCGCGCGCGUGUGCGAUAGAUAGAAGAAGCGACAGAGGGUCGACAGGGCAAGGAAGGGCGAGAGAGAAGGUACCAAGGUGGCAGGGGAGAGAAACGGCACCCCUAUCGGGGAGUUUCUCGCGAACCCUCGUACGUUGGCCCCUCGCGCAACGGGAGCAACGUUACGCUCGAGCGAUAGUACGACGGGGUAUCUCGUGAAAAUUCGGGUGUCAGCGGUGUCUCUGUAGCAGCAGCGGCUACGGUCGGUGAUGUGAGUGGUGGCCGGUGGUAGCAGCGGCGGUGGUGGUGGUGGUGGUGGUGCUGCUGCCGCUGGUAGUAGUGGUGCGGUUACAGUCGAUACGAGACGUGGCGAAGGCGUCAAGGAGCUUCUCGUCGGGGUCGACGCGCGAGUGCAUGUUGAUGAACAUAGAUUUACGUAAGAACAACGGCGACGACUCGCCUUGUCUGUCUAGUAGUGACGUCGUAUGUACUAGUCGCGUAUGCGCACGUGUGAUACCGCUAAUGGAUACUUGAUAGAGUGGUUGAUCGAAAACCUGAAAAGGCAUCCUCGGGACGCCGUUUGGGCUCGCCGAACGAGUGUGCUGCUCGUGAAGCGAGAGCGAAAGAGUCAAGUGAAUAUAUAUAGUCUGUAGAGGGAUGCUAGAGAAGGAGUCACGAAUGGACGAGACGGAUUCGUUCAAUUUUGCUCCCUCUCGUGAUUCGACACGCUAUGUAACGAGGAUUCCGGAGAAUGGUGUGGAUUCGUAUAAACUUUGAAGCGAGAUGUAAGGAACUUUAGCCAGCGAAAGGAGAAUUGAAUGUAAAAAAUAGAAAAAGAGAGGAAAAGAGACAGGGAAAGAUACAAGUGCGAUAAAGCGCGAGGAGACGAAGAAGAGAAGGAUGGGCGCAAGAUCAGUCCCGAGAGGCUUUCUCGCGAGGACGAAGACGCUUCUCGGUUGAAGUGACGAGUCCUGAGUAUCGUUGGAGAAACAGGUAUCGUGACAGAGAGAGCGAGAGGAGUCCAGCCGCGGAACGCCGAAAGUUUGCUAGGACGACGACGACAAUAACGAUCCAUCAUGGGGGUCUCGGUGUUUCUGCUGUACGCGGUAACGGUGCUCGGUGUAACAGCUAGCGGCGACAAGUGCGCCAACCAAUGUUCGUGCAAGUGGAAGAGCGGGAAGCGCACGGUGGAGUGCGUGGAUCGCUCCCUGACCAGCAUACCGGACGGAAUCGAUCCGGAGACCCAGGUGCUGGACAUGAGCAACAACGACAUCCGUCUCCUGCGGAGCAAUCUCUUUAUACAUGUACAGCUGACAAAUCUGCAGCGUCUCUACUUGCGUGAGUGCCAUAUCGACCAGAUCGACGACGAGGCACUGGCCGGCCUCACGAAUCUCGUCGAGCUCGAUCUCAGCCGCAAUCGCCUGACCGCAGUACCCAGUUCGAGUUUCACCGACACGCCGUUUCUGCGCGACCUGGUACUCGCGUACAAUCCGCUCGAGAAAAUUCACUUACACGCGUUCAAGAGUACGCCGAAUUUAGUUAAGCUCGAUCUGUCGUACACGCAGCUCGUCGAAAUCGAGUCGAAGGGACUCAUCGGACUCGAGUUGCUUGAGAGUCUCAAGCUCAACAAUAAUCAAUUGUCUACCUUGCACCCGGGCACAUUUGACCCGCUCAAGAAACUCACCAGCAUCGAGUUGCACGAUAAUCCAUGGACCUGCGAUUGUCACCUGCGUGAGAUGAAAAUAUGGCUCGUCAAGCAUAACGUGCCGACCCUUGUGGCACCUGUAUGUCACGGUCCUCAUCAGUUGCUCGAGCGUGCCUUCACCGAUCUCGAUAUAGACGACUUCGCCUGCCGGCCGGUUUUGCUGAUAGCCAGCCGUUACGCCGAGGCGACCAUCGGCGAGAAUGCCAGUAUCGUGUGCCGCGUGAGCGCGAUACCGCCCGCGAAGGUCAAGUGGUACUGGAACAAUCGAUUGCUGACCAAUCAGUCGGCGUUCAGCAGCUACCAAAAGAUUCUCAUCUUCGAGGAGGGCCAGUUCAGAAAGAGGAGCACUCUUGUCCUCACCAAUGCUCAGGAAGCGGACUCGAGCGAGUUUUACUGCGUCGCCGAAAACCGCGCCGGUAGCGUCGAGGCCAACUUCACCCUGCACGUGUCCCUAAGAACCGCGGGUAUGUCGACCCUGGGCUCGGGCCAGAUUGCGGGUAUAUCGGCCGCGUUAGUCGUGCUCAUAUUAAUCAUCCUACUGAUCAUUCUUGUCCUAUUCGUGCGCCUACGACGAAUGCCGCUGAAGGACGUGAAAUCGUCGGCGCCGAUGGAGACGACGUCCGGCGACGGUACCGGCAACGGCAGCGCAGGCGACAAUAAUCCAUCGUCCGCUACCUUGACCACCCGCAGGAAACACGAAGAGAUCGAGACAACGUCGUUUGCCCUGGAGUCGAAGCCGCCCGCAUCGUUGCACCUGAGUUACGUGCAGAGACCGCAAGCGGCUGUGGUGCAGGAGACCGAGUACAGCACCAUCAGCCGUUUCGACGAUCAGAAUCAGUCCGCCGUGGCGGCGAUACCGGGCGCCGGGUGUUUCUCGUCCACAACGUCCCUGAUGCCGAUCGAUAACCCGGAUCUUAUCAGGGACACCCGGCGUGGCUCCGCCGAGGAUAUCGCGUCUUACGGCGUCGCCGAUUACAGCCGUGUCGGGACGAUGGAUGACGCUGGCAAGAUGCUCUAUUCCAGCUGCCUGUGGGAGGCCAGGGACACCACCUGCGGCAGGACGUCCGCCGUCCCGGUGAGCUCGUAUCCGUCGAAGGACCAGCUCGCGGUGGUCGCGGCACCGAUCGUCGAGCAGUUUCCACCCGGUGCGAAGCAAAUGCGUGUCUGGCAGAAAGGGGUCCCGGUCCUACCGCCGGUUUCGGCGUUAAAACGCGUCCUUGGAUCCACGCGCAGCUCGCCCGACGAGGGCUACCAGGAAGGAACCGGCACCGACGUCUAGGUACCGCUACUUCAUUACUGCGACGCCCGGCACCGUUACCUGGAACUGCGUAGGAGGCACCAGGAGGACGACACCGACUGCUAAAAGAAAAAAAAAAAAAUGAAAAGAAUCGUCCUCGCGAGUGCCGGACGGGCGGUAGUGAAAACAGGAGCAAGAAUGUGUGUCGGACAAAUCUCGCUUCGAGUGUGAUCGCGACCAGUGUGACGAUGACCGAUGAACGCGCGCCAUUAUUGUGCGCGGAGGGACACACUCGAGACAAUUCUCCGCUGUUGCGGGCGGAAAUUUACGUCAGAGUUCACAAUCGUACAUAGUAAUCGAAGGUACGGUAUUUUAUCCAACCCGGUAUCAUUUAAUCAGUGAUGUGAAUUCGAGUCGGCACCACGAUAGUACCCUGCAAUCAGGAAGGUAUGAUACAAAUCGCACGGUACCGAUGAACAAGGCGCGAGUAACACACUUUAGCUUAUCGCUAAAGAUUGAUAUAAAGUUAAUAAAGAAAUAUGAGUCGAAUCGUUAAGCAUGUAAAAGACAAUAGGGAUACACAGCGAGUGUUCGCAAGAUCGACGUGGUUAACUCGUUACUCGAUCUAACAAGAGGCGCAUCACCGAGGAUCAUGUCUAUGUACAUCAUGUCGGUAUACGCUUCGUUCGAUUUCGAAUUAAACUGUACUUAAGGUCAUCGCGUGCGAUUAACACGAGCUUCGUCGACGACACGACAAAAACAACAACCGGCUCCUCUCUCUCGAAGAGACCAGCCGUUCGUGUUCACACUUGCGAGCAAGCAUCGUUUAUAGUGAUGCGACUCUUCAAAGCGGCCAGCCCAUUGUGUGCAUGAUAAUGACAUAAUCUUGUGUGCGUCACACCAAGUACGUAUAGUGCAAUCAGCUGAUAGACGUUUGGAUAUGUACGUGUAUCUGUCGUGAGGAUUGCUUCUAGUGCUCGAUAAUAUUAGUUUGUGUGUACAGGGUGUCCCGAGAAAAACGGCCAAUGUUUGGAGCGAUAGUGCCUGUCGUUGCAAAUAAAAAGAUAUUUCUUGUAAAUAUAUUUCUUGUCAAUAAUUAAACAAUAAUUAAUUCUGAAUAAUUAAUUAAACUUUCUAUGAAAGUUUACAUUUAAGAAUAUAUAAAUAUGCCGGACGAUAAAGUUUCACAUGACUAUAAGAAAUGAUACACAUCUUUUCAAGUUUUCAAUCGAAGAUUCCACUCGCGAAAUCGAUGCGAAUAAUCGUUCCAAAUUAGAUAUACAUUUAUUAAAUUUUUUUUUAUUUGCAAGGAGAUUGGCGCUAUCAACUUUCAAAGUAUCGAUCUUUUUUUUCUCUGAAACGCUCUGUAUAACAAUGAGAGAUUGCAUCGAUUAAUCGACCGGAAGUUGUCGUUACCGAUAGCGAUGUCGCGUGUUACACGCACACAGGCAGAGUGCAUACAGGAAGUGUACACACACGGCGUGUACCAAGUCAGAGACGAGGAAGUGAUACGCUACGCCGGUCACGUCAUUGUCUCGGCGGUCGUGCAACACAAUAUCGACGGGUAAUACAUUUGUAUCAUAGCUAAGCCGUAAAGUCGAAGACCGCGGCAGAUUUCCGUAAGAUCUCCCGGGAUAAAACGCGUUAGAUGACUCCCCUUGAGAUGAUAAGUGGCGAUCGCGAAGACUGCGACGACGAGAAUGACGCAUAGAGUUACACAGCAAGUGAAAAGGUGACACUUAUAAGCUACGAAGUAUCUCGCGAAUUUUUUCUAGUCAAUUCGAUAAAAAAAGAAGAAGAGAAAAAGCGACAAAUUAUUUAUUCCGCGGGACGAAAAACUCGCACGUUGGCAAAAUGCUUUCUCGAUUGGAAGGUAGCCUCAUUGAAUCAUCCCUCGAAGCCUCGGUCGACAAACUCACGAUUACGGGCCGGUGAGCCUAUAUUGUUGCUUCGAGUGCCCGGUCCGAGUGGCUCUCGUAUCCGAGACGAAGCCUCGCGAGAACGAUCGAGGGACAGAUAAACGGCAGAUGCUAUUCUGGAUUUACUCACAAUGACACGUUCCCCGAUUUGAUCACGAUCGUGGCUUGUUGGCGGAUAAUCUCAAUUUUUUUCGAGUAUCUGAUAUUAAAUUUGCAAUCCUUUUGACUGAUACGAAUCUAUUUUCCUGUGUUAUUCUGUAUAAAUGAA